AUGCCUCUCUACGUAGCUUCUCUUUUCCUUCCAUACACCAUAGAUUUCGAGGCCGCCGGCAUUCGGCAUGGCCAAGGUGAUUUCGAUGGCUCGAACCCCCCUCCCAACGAGGUGGAAGGACGACUAGCAGAGCUUCAUCAAGAAACACUGCCAAAAGUGCUUUCAAUGACCCCUGGUGCAACCACAGAGCACGAGAAGAUUUUCAAACCAUUCUAUGCCCUAGACUCAGCCUCAGAUGAACCGAAAGGGCCAGCGCCUACCGAGGUCCCAGUAGAGUCGUGGGGUUCCAGUAGAAAAUUCAAUCAGCCCAUGUCAAAAGCAACAAAUCCACCAGAUUCGUCGAUUCUCAGCCGUCCUAGUUCUACAGGUCCGUAUGUAGAUCGAAAGGCCGCUGAUCUCGAGUCAGAGGAACCAGCCACGCCGCGAGUGUUGUUAUCUGAUGAUUGGGUGGUAAAGUCAGCUGUUCAGGGCAAUGGCGGUCUCCGGAACGCCAUCGACGCUGCUGCUAAAGCUGGAAUUGUGGAUAAAGCAGUAUGGAUAGGAACGCUGGGUAUGCCGACAGACUCACUUAAAGAACACACACGCGACAACAUUGCUUUGCAAUUGAAAGAGGAAUUCGAUUCUCUUGCGGUAUUUGUGGGAGACAGUGAGUUUGAAGGACAUUACUUUCACUUUUGUCGAAAUGUCCUCUAUCCAGCUUUUCACUAUCAAAUGCAAGAAAGUCCUCGCCACAAGGAGUACGAUGAUCACUCUUGGAAACAAUACGUCAAACUCAACGAGAUCUUUGCAGCUACGAUUGCCGCUCAGUGGAAACCAGGUGACCGUAUAUGGAUUCACGAUUAUCAUCUCAUGUUACUUCCUCGGAUGCUGAGGGAUAAACUGCCUGAGGCUGAGAUAGGAUUCUUCAUGCAUACCGCAUUCCCUUCCUCUGAGAUCUUCCGGUGCCUGACCGCGAGAAAAACCUUAUUGGAAGGCCUGCUUGGAGCCAAUAUAAUUGGUUUGCAAACUGCCGAAUAUGUGUAUCACUUUCUGCAUACUUGCAGCCGCAUCCUACGGUUGGAGGUCUCUGCGGAAGGCGUUCAUCUCCCUGACCGAUUACUGCCUGUCAAGGCUUUUCCGAUGGGCAUUGACUUGAAUCUUAUGAAUACCCAGAGACUACAACCCGAGGUGAAAGAGUGGGUAUCAAAGAUUCGCGAGCGAUACCAAGGAAAGCAUUUGAUUGUCGGGAGAGAUCGAUUGGAUGCUGCAGGUGGUGUCAAACAGAAGCUUCUUUCUUACGAAAAAUUUUUGAAGAGAUAUCCAGAAUGGCGAGAUAACGUCGUCCUGGUCCAAGUUGCAUCGUCAUCUGCGCCUGACUUGACAGAUCUCGAAACCCAGAUAACGAAGAUUGCGAUGAGAAUCAACUCGAAAUACUCGACACUAACCCACCAACCGCUCGUCUUACUAAAGCAAGACAUUUCGUUCGCUCAAUUCCUUGCCUUGAUGUCUGUUGCCGAAAUCUUCAUCAUCACCAGUCUUCGUGAAGGCAUGAAUCUUUCAGGACACGACUUUGUUGUUUGUCAAGAUGGUACUUCGGGUAUUCCUCAGAAGUAUGGAUCACUCAUUUUGAGUGAGUUUACAGGAAGCGCUUCUAUCUGGAGCGGUCAUGAGUUGCUUGUCAACCCAUGGGACUAUGUGCAAUGCGCGGAUGCGAUCAAUCGUGCUCUACUCAUGUCAGCCAAAGAUAAAGAGAAGAAUUGGCAUUUUCUAUCGGACCGAAUGGCGAGACACACUGCUUCCAUGUGGUGCGAUACAUAUCUGAAAGCCCUUCGACAAGCUUACGGAAUGCAGUCAUCACGGGAGGUUCAUACUAUUUCAUCUUUAUCCAUGGACAGUGUUCGAGAAAAGUACAACAAAUCAAGCAGCAGAGUAUUUAUUCUUGAAGAUCAAGCAAUAUUCCCGUCGUUAAGGGAACGAGAUGAUUUCUCAGUCAGUCCGAAUGGGAAAGUACUCUCAAUGAUGGCAACGCUUUCCUCAGACCCGAAGAACGUUGUCUUUGUUACAAGUUCACGUACACCGAAACAACUUGAACUAUUACUAGCCGAGUCCCCGCAGAUCGGACUCAUCGCUGAAAAUGGGGCGUUCCUACGAGAGCCUGGACAAUCCGAAUGGCAGCAAUUACUUAACGAGAGCGACACUCGAGACUGGCGCCGGGGCAUCCAGAAGUUCAUGGAAUACUUUCAAGAACGCACAGAGGGCACCUCAAUCGAAGAACGACGCUUCUCACUUACCUUUAACUACAAAGCUGCCGUCGACAAGGAGCUUGCUAUCCGCCAAGCAGCUGAGUUGAGCGAUCAAAUCAACGGUUCACGCGGGAACAUCCCUAUCCGUGCCGUUCUGACAGACGGCGCGGUGACCGUGGAACCUACAAACGUGACGAAAGCGACUACCGCGGAACUGGCUCUACAACGAAUCAAUGCCACGCCGGGCUUUCUGUUCGUUGCGGGCAACUCUCGCGGCGGCGAGACUCUAUUUAGAUGGGCAAAUCGAAUUGAGCGGGAAGGUAGUGUCGAGCAUGUCAUUAGUGUCACGAUGGGUACUCAGGCGAUUACGGCAGCAGCGACUGUUCUGGAUGAUAAUGAGACAUUGAUUAAUGGAUUGGCUGGUUUGGCGAUUUGA